AUGAGAGCUGUAAAGUCUGUGUUGCGAGCGGCUGGCGCAUUGAAAUUACGAUAUCCAGAUGAGGAUGAGGACGUUAUUCUCCUUCGCUCUAUCAAAGAUGUCAAUCUUCCUAAAUUCCUUGAACAUGAUGUACCCUUGUUUAUGGUAUUGCAACUGUUUGAGAUGAUUUUGGUGCGGCAUGGGCUUAUGCUUGUGGGCUUUCCAUUCUCCGGAAAGACAAAGUGCUAUCAUGCUCUUGGACAUGCUUUAGGACUGGUCCAUGAAAAGAAAUUAAUGGACGAAAACCCAGUAGAGUGGACAGUAAUAAACCCAAAGUCAAUAACAAUGGGCCAACUUUACGGGCAGUUUGAUCCCGUAUCCCACGAGUGGUCCGAUGGCAUUUUGGCAGUCAGCUAUAGAGCCUUUGCUGUUUCUACAAAUGAUAACAGAAAAUGGCUUGUGUUUGACGGUCCAGUAGAUGCUAUUUGGAUUGAAAAUCUAAAUACAGUACUCGAUGACAAUAAAAAAUUAUGUCUCAUGAGUGGUGAAAUUAUUCAGCUGGCGCCAACUACAAACUUAAUAUUCGAACCUAUGGACUUGGAAGCGGCUUCACCGGCUACGGUAUCCCGAUGCGGUAUGAUUUAUAUGGAGCCCAAAGGUUUAGGUUGGAAAUGUUUGUUGGAAUCAUGGCUGAAUACAUUACCGCCGACUCUGCACAGUGUCAAUCGUAACCUCAUAAGAACACUUUUCAAUAGAUUUAUGUCCCCAUUGCUGUGGCUCGUCGAGUACUCUGGAAAAACUAAGCAAAUGUAUGUAACGUCUCGAAGUAAUAUGGUGGUAUCCUGUAUGAGAUUGUAUGACUCAUUCAUGGAUGAUUUUUACGAUGAAAAGUACGUUGAACAGAUAUCUGAUUUGGAUAUACGAGCUCAAUUAGAGGGUGUAUUUUUCUUCUCUUGUAUAUGGUCAAUAGGAGCUACUCUUGAAGCUGAUAGCAGACAUAAAUUUGAUAUAAUGUUUAGGGGGCUUUUAGAGAAGGAGUUUCCUGAAGCUGGUAAAGGCAAGUGGAAGCCGUGGUAUGACGACGUAGUAUCAGCGCCGCCCAUAAGCAGAGACACUCCUCCGAAUCAAAUUUUGGUAACAACUUUGGACAGCGUGCGUUACCUCGCGCUUUUUAAAUUACUCGUCACUCACCACUCAGCGGUCAUGAUGGUCGGCCCUACCGGAACUGGAAAGUCUUCCUAUAUAAUUGAUUUCUUGGUGAAGAGAGUUGACACAAAAGUUUACAAAGCUCUUAUAAUGGCCUUCUCUGCACAAACGAAUUGUAAUCAGACUCAAGAUAUUAUCAUGGGAAAGCUGGAUAAACGAAGAAAAGGUGUAUUUGGGCCGCCAAUCGGUUGCUAUAGCGUAGUAUUUGUGGAUGACGUGAGCAUGCCUCAAGCGGAAACUUAUGGCGCACAACCACCCAUUGAAGUACUACGGCAAGGUAUCGAUCUGGGCUUGUGGUACGAUCGCAAAACCAAUGUCGCUAUGCACCUGAUUGAUGUCCAGUUCAUGUGUGCAAUGGGUAAACCAACACCGGGAGCAAAACUUGUCACGCCCCGUUUUUCACGUCAUUUUUCAUUUUUCUGCAUCGAUGAGUUCGAUGACGACACUCUGAAGGUGAUCUUUGGAAGGAUAAUGUUAUGGCAUCUAGAUACAAGAGGGUUUUCGAAAGAUUUCGACCCUUGCAUUGAAGAGAUUGUAGCUGGAACUCUGGAAGUGUAUAAACAGUGCCGAUUGAAUUUACUACCGACGCCAUCCAAAUCCCAUUACACUUUCAAUUUGAGAGACUUCUCCAGGGUUAUAUUGGGAGUUCUUUUGUCGGUACCAGAAGUGACACCUGAUCUUCAAUCAAUUAAGCGUCUCUGGGUGCAUGAGUGCUUACGCGUAUUUUCUGACCGGUUAGUGGAGGAUGCCGAUAGACAGUGGCUGGUCAAAUGCCUACGCGAGGCUACAGCUGGUUGUCUCAACGAUGAUUUUGAUAAGAUGUUAUCGAGGUUGCUUGAAGGUCCAGGAGAUAAAGAGAUUACUGAUUUUCACUUACGUAAACUUAUUUACUGCGACUUUGCCAAUCCAAAAGUUGACACUCGGUUCUAUAUGGAAACCACAAAUAUGGAACAUUUGAAUGCCACGGUGGAUGCCUUUUUGGUAGAAUUUAAUAACAUGUCGAAGAAACCUAUGAAUCUUGUUCUUUUUAGGUUUGCUAUUGAACAUGUGUCACGCAUUUGCCGUGUCCUAACUCAGCCGAGAUCACAUGCUCUCCUUGUGGGGCUUGGUGGUUCUGGAAGACAAUCGUUAACUCGUUUGGCAGCUCACAUCAACGAAUAUGAUCUCUUCCAGGUAGAAAUGAGUCGAACUUACGGUAAAACAGAAUGGCGUGAGGACUUAAAAACAUUACUGCGAAAAUCAAGCACACCAGAUUUAAUGAUGGUGUUUUUAUUUAUUGAGUCACAGAUUAAAGAGGAAGGUUUCCUUGAAGAUGUGAAUAACAUGUUGAAUUCUGGUGAAGUCCCUAACAUUUUCGGUGCAGACGAAAAAGCAGAACUUUGUGAGAAAAUGCGCGUUAUCGACAGACAACGUGAUAAAUCUUUGCAAACCGACGGCAGUCCCACGGCUCUAUAUGCAUACUUCGUUUCCAUCGUGCGGGACCAGUUGCAUAUUGUUCUGGCCAUGUCUCCUGCUGGUACUUCUUUGCGUACAAGAAUCCGCAAAUUCCCGUCGCUCGUCAACUGUUGCACAAUCGAUUGGUUCCAGGCAAGUGCCUUGUUUGCUCGAUAUUUUUUCAAACCCUUAGCCAUACCUUUCAGGAGCUUCAGUACAAUAAAAUCCUGGAAGGAAUGGCCACCAGAUGCUUUGUUAGCUGUAGCGACUCGUUUUCUCAAAGAUAUUGAGCUGACUGACCUGGAGCGUAACACGGCCAUAACGCUCUGUCAGAUGUUCCACACAGACACGCAGGAGCUCUCACGACAAUUCCUGUUGCGCCUUAAACGAUACAACUACGUCACUCCUACUGCUUACUUAGAGCUUAUUAACAUGUUCAAGACUCUAUUGUCCAAGAAACGCACUGAGUUGUUGACGGGUGAGAAGCGAUAUAUUACUGGUUUGGAUCAGUUGGCUAUAGCUGCUAAAUCAGUGGCGGCUCUUCAAGAAGCGUUAGAAGUGUUACAGCCUAAAUUGGCUGCUGGCGCUGCUGCUGUGGCUGUAACCACCGCCAAAGUAGAGAAAGAAAAAGAAGGAGUAGCACUUGUGGAAGCAGAAGUGCUGGCUGAUCAAGCGGCAGCGGAAGAACAGGCGCAAGAGGCGCAAGGUAUUAAAGAUGAAUGCGACGCCGAUUUAGCGGAGGCAAUGCCGAUCCUGAAUGCUGCAUUAGCAGCACUAGAUACCCUUACUCCCCAAGAUAUCACUUUCAUCAAAACAAUGAAGAGUCCACCCCGUGGAAUCAAGCUGGUCAUGGAGGCUAUAUGCAUAUUGAAGGUAGAAAAUAUUUUAUUCUUACUGAGCAUGCUUAACCGAUCACAGUGA